CCAGCGCCGUGAGCCUCCAGCACCCGCGCCGCCGCAGCACCCGCGCCGCACACCCCGCUCCGCUUGCUCGCGAGAAGGCUGGCCACCAUGGCGGAGCCGCUCAAGUCUGUGGACUACGAAGUGUUCGGGAGAGUGCAGGGUGUUUGCUUCAGAAUGUACACAGAAGGAGAAGCUAAGAAAAGAGGAGUGGUUGGCUGGGUGAAGAAUACAAGCAAAGGGACUGUGACAGGUCAAGUGCAAGGUCCCGAAGAAAAGGUGGAUUCCAUAAAUCCCACUUUGGAACGAAAACCUGGCUAAGCAAGGUUGGGAGUCCUAGUUCUCGCAUCGACCGGACAGACUUUUCUAAUGAAAAAAACAUCUCUAAACUGGAAUACUCUAAUUUUAGUAUUCGAUAUUAAUGGAGAAAAAUAACAAUUGUAAAAUUACAUUGCAGGAAAUAAAACACAUUCUUAAAUUUGUAGUAGUAGGAUUAAAAAAUGGGAACUUUCUGUUCUGGAAACCUCAGAAUUAUAUGUUACUAAUAUGUCUGAAACUGAAAAACUUUUACCCACCUAUGUUUUCAGCAAGAAGAAAACAAAUAUUAUAAAAUAAAAUGUUGUAAAGUAUCAGAUAUGAUCAUUCAAGUGAA